UCCACCAUUGGCAUUAAAGCUAGAAUCAUUGAUGUUGAAGUAAGAAAGAUUAAGAUAUUUCCGAUCUAAUUGCUUUAAUUAAUCUAUUCACCCAAAAAAUUGCUUUAAAUUAAUCAUAUUAGUUUUGUUCAUGCCAUUCUCCAUGGUCUGCCCUCUCAGUAUCCUUAAAGGUUACUCUAUUCCACCGAAAUAUAAAAGGUUUACAUUAGUCCUGCAAUCUUUUGCGCCAAACAUGAAGUUGGGCUUUUCGUCGAAUGACGGACGAAAGUAGAUCCAGCUCCAGCCCAAAAAAUAUCUAUCUACAGCCACCCAUUGGGCUUGAGACCUUCAUGCAAUAACAUCAUAACUUUGCCGUUUACCAGUUCGUGUCUCAGUUUGGCUGCCACCACCACCUCAAGAUUGAAUAAACAGCUAGAACUGAUCAAAUGGGUGAAAAUGAAGAAUGGAACACUACCAGUAAUCAAAUCGUCUGUGUUCUCAUCAUCCAAUAAGUUUUUACUCUCUGUCGCAGCGAAUAAUACUUCCCCACCAACAUUGGCUUAUAUUGCUCACCCAAGUGCUGCUGCUCUAUCAACCGUCCUGCAGCACUACAUCGAUUCAGAUAACCCUUCCCAUGGCCAGAAGAUCCAUACCCAUGUUCUUAAAUCUGGGUUUAAACCCAAUACCAAUAUCUCCAUCAAACUCUUGAUAUUGCACUUGAAAUGUGGUUCUUUGAGGUAUGCACGUCAGAUGUUCGAUGAAUUGCCACAGCAAACGCUCUCCGCCUAUAAUUAUAUUAUUGGUGGGUACCUUAAGCAAGGGCAAGUGGAAGAAUCACUUAGUUUGGUUCGAAAGCUUAUUUUUUCUGGUGAAAAGCCUGAUGGAUUUACCUUUUCGCUGGUGCUAAAAGCAUCUAGUUGUGUUAGGAAUGUUCCAUUACCAUAUAGUUUAGGAAGAGUGGUACAUGCCCAGAUUAUAAAAUCAGAUGUUGCAGCGGAUGAUGUUCUUUACACGGCACUCGUUGACUCUUAUGUCAAGAAUGGGAAAGUUGGUUGUGCAAGGACUUUGUUUGACAUGAUGUUGAAGAAAAAUGUUAUAUGCUCGACCUCAAUGAUUUCAGGGUACAUGAAUCAAGGCUCUUUGAGAGAUGCAGAAGAGAUAUUUAGGAAAACACUUGAAAAAGAUAUAGUGGUGUUUAAUGCAAUGAUAGAAGGUUACAGCAAAUCAAUUGAAUCUGCAAGAAAAUCAAUUGAUGUUUACAUUGAUAUGCAACGUUUGAAUUUCCGGCCUAAUAUUUCUACAUUCGCCAGUGUUAUCGGAGCUUGUUCAUUGUUGACAUCAUUUGAACUUGCUCAACAAAUUCAAAGUCAACUUAUGAAGACUGAAUUCUCCACACACAUAAAGAUGGGAAGUGCUCUUAUAGACUUGUACUCGAAAUGUGGAAGAACUGAAGACGCCCGUAGAGUUUUUGAUCACAUGCCUGAAAGGAAUGUGUUUACUUGGACUUCCAUGAUUGAUGGCUAUGGGAAGAAUGGAUAUCCAAAUGAAGCACUGGAGCUCUUUAGCAUAAUACAAAAAGAAUGCCACGUUGAACCCAAUUACGUGACAUUCCUAAGUGCUGUUUCAGCUUGUGGACAUGCUGGGCUGGUUGAUAAGGGUGUAGAGAUCUUUGAAAGCAUGGAGAGGGAUUACUCGCUAAAACCAAAAAUGGAGCAUUAUGCUUGCAUGGUUGAUCUCUUGGGACGUGCUGGGAGUUUGAAACGAGCAUGGGAGCUCAUAAUGGCUAUGCCUGAGAAGCCCAAUUCUGAUGUUUGGGCAGCUCUUCUUAGUUCAUGUACGCUACAUGGUGAUGUAGAGAUGGCAAGUAUAGCUGCCAAUGAACUUUUUAAGUUGAAUCCUGAUAGUCGGCCAGGGGCAUAUGUUGCUUUAUCCAAUACUUUGGCAGCUGCUGGGAAAUGGGACAAUGUAAGCGAACUUAGGGAGAAAAUGAAGGCGAGAGGGAUUUCUAAAGAUACUGGCUGCAGUUGGGUUGGUACUGAUCAUGGUUAAAAAUAAACAUACUGACAUUUUUGUUUGGCAGAAUGAUUUCUCUCCAUUGUUGUAUGCAAUUAUCAAGUCUUUUGUGACAGAUUAUUCUUUUUAAUUUUUUCUAAACUUUCAAGUUGUACUUCCA